GCACGCACACACACUGACACGCACACCACGCCCCCUCCUGUCAGGAACACCCUGGCGGUGGAUCUCUGCCUUCAGACGGCGCUGAGACGCACCGACAGGCGGACACACUCGGCGCGAUUCCCGGACUAAUGUCCUCAGCCUGCCCCGCUCCUCUGCUGGAGAAUCCCCGCAGCCGCCAGGAUUUCAUUCAUGUCUUAAAGGUUUCCUUCUGGACUUCAAAAGCAAACACUGCAGCGCCCAGACCUUUGUAAAUCAGAAGUUGUACAAUGCCAACAGCAGAGGAGCCACGUGAUUGUUUGCAGGGCAUCAUAGAGCCCAAGAGUAUAAUGUAGUCCCCACUGACUCCUUCUUCAAAACAAAGUCACUGGGCUGAUUUGGGCUACGGAAGAAAUGGAGAAAGCUGUUGAGGAUUUAAAUUUGUCCUUUCUGCUGGAGCAUGAAAGGGAAAUGAUCCUGAAGGUGCUGCAGAAAGACGAGAAGCUGAGGAAACGUGAGGAGAAAAGGAUACGAAAGUUAAAAAAUGACCUGCUGGAGAUCAAGCGAAAAGGUUCCCGCCGGCCGCAGGACUCUGAGGAGCGGCAGUGCGCUCGCUGCCUCAAAACAUUAGGGCUGAUCUUUGACCGUGGCGAACUCUGCGAUGAAUGCCGGCUGCGCGUUUGCAGCGACUGUCGUGGAACGAUCGCUGGCUCACGCAAGUGGAGAUGCAACGUCUGUGCCAAGAUUUCGGAGCUGAAGGUGGUGACUGGAGAGUGGUUCCUGGAGGAACGGUCCAGGCGCUUUGAGCAGAAAGCGCUGAGCAGUGACGUCGUCAAGCAGACUAUCCUGAGCGCCCCAGCAAGUGCAGAAAAGAAGUCAACAGAAAACCUGUCAGCAUCCUCUGAUUUAGAGAAACCAGACACUCCAAAAUCCAACAGAAGUGCAGUGCGCAACAUCAUGGAUGGUGCCAGAAAGAAAGGACGGAUGAAAAUUGGUAAGAAAGGCAGCCGCGCCACCUUGAAACCAGGGAACGGAGUCGACAGUGUCAGCAUGAAGUCGUCUUCAGAUGGAGAUACUCAAAGCGUUCGUUCUGCUCAGAGUCAGCAUUCAAACAGGAGCAUUGCAGUGGCGUUGGAGUCCUCGGGUUUGCCCACGGUCCCCAACAAUCUCCGUUCCCAAACUCCAGCUAAAUCACCCAACCCCAGCAACAACCGGAGGGUCAGGCCCGACGGAGCGGAAAGCGUUGCCAGUGUGCGCUCCAGCGAGGGUCUGCCUGAGAAGGAAGGGAUGGGACUUCACCUCGCAAACUCGGGCACACCGACCAUCUCUGUUUCCUGUGCAUCUGUGUCGUCAGAUCACAGCCGCUCAGAGAUGGACCUGUCAGCUCCGGGAUCCGACCACAGCGACGAUGGCCUAAGCCUCAGAAGCCGCUCAGUCCCCGGGCUCAACGAAGCGGAGUUUUCCGACGAGGACGCAGAGGAAGACAUCGAUGCCCUGAUGUCGGCACACAGCCUGAGUAGGGGCGGACGCCUUAGCAACGCCGCAUCAACGUCCUCCACUCCCGGCACAGAAAGAAGGUGGGGGUACCUAAACAUCCCCGACUCGGAUGCUGAGACUAGCAGCCUCAACAGCAUGAUGAGCAUGUACAGCGAGACGGGCGACUACGGAAACGCCAGGGUGAGCGGCGAGAUUCUCCUCAACAUCAGCUACAGCUACAAAACAGGCGCCCUCAACGUUCUGGUGAAAAAGUGUUACAACCUGGCAACGGGAGACGACAGGAGGCAGCGCACAGACGCGUAUGUGAAGACCUACCUGCUUCCUGACACGUCCCGCCAGAGCAAGAGGAAGACGAGCAUCAGACCCAACACCAUCAACCCGGUUUUUAACGAGAACCUGAGAUACGUGAUCAGCCACUCGCAGCUGGAGACUCGAACCCUGCAGGUGUCUGUGUGGCACCAUGACCGCUUUGGAUACAACAGCUUCCUGGGAGAAGUGGAGCUGACCUUUGACUCCUGGGAGUUCGACUCUCAGAUAGAGGAGUGGUACUCUCUGCAGCCCAAGGUAGAGAGCAGCACUGACUCCACCAUGCACUACAAAGGAGAGCUGACAGUUGUGCUGAAGUACAUUCCUGCAGAGAAAAACCUCACACUGCCUCUGGACCAGGUUCAAGUGAAGAAGAGCUUCCUGAAAGGCAAGAAGACAAGCAGCUUCACGCUGCCUAAAGGGGGCAUGGUCGAGCUGCUGGUCAAAGGGGCCAAAAAUCUAACAGCGGUCAAGUCUGGAGGCACUUCGGAUCCUUUUGUGAAAGGAUACCUCCUCCCAGACAAUAACAAGUCAACCAAGCACAAGACGGCGGUGGAGCGACGCACCGUGAACCCGCAGUGGAACCACACCUUCACCUACUGCGGCCUGCAGGACGGAGACCUCAACAACAUCUGCCUUGAGCUGACCGUGUGGGACAAAGAGGCUUUGUCCAGCAAUGUUUUCCUAGGAGGAGUCAGGCUGGGAGCGGGGACAGGCAAAAGCUACGGGAAUGAGGUGGACUGGAUGGACUCGUACGGGGAAGAGCAGCAGGUCUGGCAGCGCAUGAUCGAAAACCCAGAGGUUCCUCAAGAGUGCACUCUGACGCUGCGGUCGAGCAUGCGCAAGUGCAACACAUGAACUUAGACCGAAGCACAACGGAAGAGAGAAUUACAGGGAGGGAAAGAAGCGGAGGAAAUGGUCUGAAGUUGUGGGGAGAGAGCUGGAGAGGUCGAGCGGUCAAGAAAAAAAGCAAGCAGUGACUCAACAGGAACCGCUCCUCUUUGUACUUUCUUUCUUGUUCAGAUCUCCUCUCCUGUCCACCACAGCCAGUCAUGCCUUACUCUCUCACCCACAUGUGCCCCUCUUUCCUCCCAAAGCAUCUGUCUUGACCAAGCACUGCUGCCGUUUGCUGCUGUUCUAGGAAACCUGUGUUGUAUUUAACUUCGUGUAACUUAUAUAGAUAAGCACAUGGUUACUCCUGAUGUCUCUGUCCUCGUCUCGUCUGUGGGUCAUUUCUGCAUGUAGUAACAGCUAAUCGAAAUGAUUAAAGGUGUAUUAGAUGAGGCAUUGGUUAAUACUAAAUAUAAACAUUCCCUCUAUAAGCAACAAAGUCUUGUUGCUUGUAUAUAUCUCAUUGACAGUAAUGCAUACUGAGGGGAAAAGCAGCUAAAUCUUUUACAACAGGACAUAUGAUACAGAUAUUCAUACACCCUCCUUUCUAAGAUUAUCAUUCUGGACAGUAGAAGAAACCAGAGAACUUACUGUAGAAAACCCGAGUAGAUUUGUGAAGAACAUAAUCAUCUUAUAUUGAUGAUGGAAACUGGCUUAAGUUUCCAAAAAUGAAAACUUAAGAGUUUUCAUUUUUGGAAAAUAUCUUGGAAGAUCUAUUUUUUUUAGUUCUUGUUGCAUGUGAUGAUUCACAUCAUCACAUUUGAUGAUGUGAAUUAACUUGACACAAAUUUGUCCAGAAAGUAAAAAUAAAAAAAUGCCAAUGUAAAGAAAAUGCAAAAUAUUCGCUCAAAAUUUUGAUGCUGGGAAAAUUGCCAAGUGAAGAACAGCGAACAGCGAACAGCUAUCCAGGAAACAGAAUAAAGCCAGUCAAUUCUAAAAGUGCUCAAUGCAACUUUUCUGAUUCAUUCAUUUCUUUUCACAUGUAUCUUUUUUUUUUCUUCAAAAUUUAAAUUAUAGUUUUCACAAAAUCCUGGACACCCUUUGAAUCCUGUCUUCUUUGACAUGAGCUCUUUGGUAAAGUUCAGGUAUUAUUUAAGAUUUUGAGAUGUUAACCAGCCACUCCUGGUUGUAAAACAGAAACAAAAAUACAGAAGGCUGUCCAUAAGUAAAGAGCAAAAAUCCUGAGAAACUAAUUACCCCCCAAAAAGCAACACCUUAAUCAAAAUAAUUAUGAUUUUUCCUACAAAUUUCUUACUACUAAUUCUUGAGAAUUUGCAAACUAAAUCACGAGUAGAAAACGGCAGUUUUAAAAAGUAAUUGCAGUAAUUUUCAGGUUUUCUUAUGUCAGGACUUCAAACCACUUAUACACUCUUUAAUAAUCAAAAUGAGCUCAGUGCAGUUAGUAAUAAUGUAAGCAGAAUUAGCAAUGGAGUAAAUUGGUAUUAUGUCUAUUAAAUAAAUUGUACUGCAGCUGCUGGUUUAUUAAACAGUGGGGUCAAGAGUCAUCCCUUUAUAGAUGAGUUUAUCUGCUUUCCCCCUCUGACUUAAAGAAAAUAUAUAAAACGAGGCACAAAAGUCCUGUCUGAUUAGGAAAUUUAGACUAGCUUUUUUUUGUAAAGUUACAUAACACUGUAUCAGUGUGUUCAUUAGGGUAGAGGAACAAAAAGGUUACACAAAGCACUGAUGCUGACAUCACUUUGCACCUAGAGGAGAAGGUGUGAUCUGCAGCGUUUUCUCAGGAACCCUGAGCCGGGUCUGCGUGUUACAGAGUGAGUCAGCACCAACGUGAGCUGCCAUCUUCUCAGGGAGGGGGGGCCAAUCAUGAGCCACUGAUAGUCAGACGCUGACCUUGUCAUUGCUGCCCGGGGCGCUGUGAUCAUUCGUUCUGUGAUGUGUUCUGCAGUUCACUGAAACUUUUCCAGAUAAAAACAAACAACCUACAUUUCAUGUGGAAUGCCAGUUGUAUUUCCCAGGUCUCUGUAAACGUCUGCUCUAAGCUCCCAGAUACAAAGUAAUGAUAACUAAAAUUCAUGUGCAGGCCGUUUAGCAUGACCGAGAAUCUCAUGCAGUCUCAAUCCAGAGGAACAUAUUUAUGUACUGCAUGUACCGUCUCUCUUGUGUCUGGUUCUGAUCAUCAAACUCACCUUUCAAAAGCUUAUCUUCUCCCAAAUGUGCUUCAAGAAUAUUUUGAAAUAAAUGCAUCUUUCCAUAGUCUGUAAGACGGUUUUAUUGCUUUAUGGAGAAUAUUACUGAUAUAAAAAAAAUAUAUCUGA